AGCACUUCCAGUCUCUCCAGACACCCACCACCACCACCACCACCACCCCGCCAAUCAUGUCCGCCAAGGCAGCGCGCUCCAGCAUGGGCCUCUUCAAGCUCUGGACCACGGACAGCGGCACCUUCCCGGUCGUCAUCAUCUGCAGCUUCGCCGCCGUGGCCGCGGGCGCCUCGGCCAGCCGCUACCUGCUGCACAACCCGGACGUGUGCUUCGACAAGAGCAAACGCAACAGCUCCAUGCACUACCAGACCGAGGACGGCGCGGGCUGGCGCGCGCGUCGCUUCCGCUUCGCCAACAUCCACCGCAACGCCAUCAACCAGUCGCGCCAGUUCGACCCGGCCUUCGCCAAGGAGGAGAACAAGAACGUCUCCAGAUAAGCGGCCUUUCUCUCUUCGGUCUACAGCGCGUAGCUGUCGGUCUACAAGUCACACACACCACAUACAUUUAUUCGGUUUUGAUCCACA